UUCUACUUUCAGUUGUUGUGAUCGUGUUUGACAUGAGGGAAUCGUACACGUUAGACCAUGCCAAGAGGUGGUACCAAGAAUCACUACUCGAGAACAGUCAUGAUCCUCAUAUAUUCCUGGUCGGAACCAAGCGAGAUUUAUGUGAAUCACAUGAAGAGGUUCAGAAGGUUGAAGAGGCUGCUAUGGAGGUAGCUAGAGAGAUCAAGGCUGAAUACUGGUCGGUGUCUUCCUUGUCAGGCCAGAAUGUGGAAGAAUUCUUCAACCGUCUUGCGGGAAUAACGUUCAAUGCAUCAGUACUGAAAGCCCUGGAUGAUCUUGAGGCCAAGUCAGCUAGUAGGCAGAUUGCCAUCGCACAGAGCAGUGAAAACAGGAUAAAGUUGACACCUGAUGAUAUAGAUGGUGGGCCAGGAUAUAAGAACAAAAAAGCUGGAUGUUGCAACUGAGUCGGUUUCUCCGGGACUUCUUGAAGCAUUGGAACAUGUUAUGAGCCUUAUCGCCCUACAUAGGG